AUGGCGAAAGCGGCGCGGGACAAGGCCCGGAAGGCUUUCGCGACGAAGAUGCGCGCGCUAGUGAGCGACCAAGGGCGGGCGUACGAGAAGAUCGUCGAUCAGAUGGGUCGCGAGAACUCACGGGAGUACGUGCUGAGCGUUCGGCACGCGCCGAGCGCGAAUAAAGACGUCGUGGGUAACGAUGCGGUCGGCGUCCUGAGCGAUUGGUUGCCGGUGUGCGAGGUCGUCGUUGCGGAUAGGAAGGCUUACGAGGCGCAGAUGUACUUUAAGAAACAAGGGAUGGCGGUACCGGAGACGGAGCAGAUGUCGUUGGAGAGCGCACAAAUUGAAGGCGUUCCUGCGGUGCGGAUGAUGCUGCCGAAAUACGAGGAACACGUGGCGGCGAUGGCGUUCGUCAUGGCGGGGGCGAAGGAAUUGAACAUGUCGGAGAUCGAGUACGGGCUGGAGGACUGGGGAUCGUUCGAGUGUGCCGUAGAUUCGCUCGCGGCGCAAGUGAACCAGAGCGGCAAGUUUGAAGCCGCCGCAAAGCUCUUAGGGGUGUGCGCCGACGACGAACCGUCUGAGAUCAAAAAGGUCUAUCGCAGACUCAUCGCGGAGGCGCACCCGGAUCGUAACCCGGAUGCGACGCAAGAGCGCUUCAACGCCAUCAAGGAUGCGUACGAGCUGUUGUGCGGCCGUGGAGACACCGCAGGGACAACGUAUGAAGGCCUGGGAGAUCAUCGCCGAGACUUCGUUGCGCUCGAUAAGAGCCACUUCGGGGUAACGACAGCAGACAAGGGCCAGACUGAUCCGGCGUCCAUCGCGUUCGCCAUGCGCACGCUCACGAUUUACGACCGCGUGGGAACUGUGUUCACUACGCGUAAUCUGAAGCUUGCGCAAAAGACAGCCGCCAAGGCUGCGAGCGAGUGCGCGGUCAACGUAUAA